UGGUUAGGAUUUUUCCACCGCGACUGCGCUGAGGUUGGCUUUCAUUCUUUUCAUACUUUGCAUUCCAACAUGCUGGUGGUUUGGGCAAAAUGUCAAAAACUCUAUAGCUGAACAGUGUUGUGUGGAAUUUCACUGCAACUAUUCGUUAGUAGAACUCGUGAGUUUUGUCAAUCUGUUUGAAAGCAAGGCAGGGGAUCCUGACCGAGCCAGCAGCGAGCAAAACUAUGGACACCUCAGCAACAGAAUCGCCCCUAGAUGUGCUCUCGAGAGCAGCCACCAUGCUGCAAGACAACGCACCUCUCCCUCCCUCUUAUGAUGAGGCGCGGUUCCACUUGAAAUGCAAGGAGAUGGCCGCAGCGGCGAAUGUCGGCAAGUGGAAGAGAGAGCGAAGAUCCCGCCCGGCCACUGCCACUCCUCCCGCCUAUCCCCUAAAAGCAGCACAAAUCAGCCAGCACACAGAGCCAAUAGACAUGUCGACACGGAAAAUCCGGGGUUCACCUCCCUCCUACUCACAAACCAUUUCGGCCGGUUACAUCAACCGUCCCCCCACCACCACCAAUUCACCAAUCACAAACACCAACUCCGUCACAGUAACUGAAGCAGAUGUGGAUACAGACGCCGAUUCUUCAAUGCCUGUGAUAGACGAACACUUCCGGCGGUCACUGGGUAAACACUAUCAGAGCGUGUUCGCUCCCUCCUCUGCCAACUCCUCCGCCUCCUCACUCACCUCCUCCUCCUCCUCCCCAGCCUCCUCACGGACACGGAUCACAAGCAACGGUCAGACUACGGAUGACUCGAGCAGCGAUAGCGCCGAUAAUGCUGGAUCAGCACUUUCCGUUGACGAGCAUUUUGCGAAAGCGUUGGGUGAAACAUGGCUGAAGCUGCAGCAGAAGGAAAAAUCAACCUCCAUGACAAAUGGUGGCUCACACUUGUCAUCAUCAUCAUCAUCAUCAACGAUGACCAUCACAACUACCACCAAUUCACCACUAGUAUUAUUACCUAGCAGUGCGCCCGAUCAUGCACUACUUAGGAUCAAUAGAAUAGAGCCUUAAGAUGUUAGCCUAUGGGACGAAGACUCAACGUAACUUCACAAUUAAUCUUUCAAAAAUAUUCCAUUAUCUUUAAUAUCUCACUGUAGGCUACCAGUCUGCCUAUUUAUAUAUCUGUAUUUGUAUUGUAUAUUAUUAUAUAAUCAUUAUUGGACGAUUGCUUAUACAUUUGCUAUAAUCGAUUAUGGUUUUAUAAUAUUAUCAACUGUAUAUAAUAAAUACUUUGAGUCGAGUUUAGUUGUUAUAUUACAAUCGUUCAUUAGUUUUCUGUAUUUUAUAACUGUGCUUUAAGUAGAUUAUAAAUAUUAUUUACUGGUGGAAUAUCUGUAUUUCUCGUUGAUGUGAUUCUUACUUUCUUGGAAUUUGAGGUGUUUUCCUUCAGUUUGUUAUAGAAUUUGUAAAUUUUGAAGUGUGGAUCGUUAUUUUCCAAAUUGGAGUAAUUUAAUUUUAGUUUUGUAAGUGUAUGUAUUUUGAAGUGUGGUUAUUCUGUUUUUCCCAAGUCGGUGUAACUUGAUUUUAAUUUUGUAAAUAUGUUUUGAAGUGUGGUUAGUUCGUUUCUUCUAUUUUAAUUGAUUUGAUUUUGUAAAAAAUGUACGGUAUUUUGUUUUGUAUGAGGAAUACAACUGAAUAGUUUGUAAAAAGUUAUUAUUUACAAUUUAUUAUUUUAGUUUCCAAAGACAUAUUCAAACUUAUUAUUUUUAAUCAAUGGUGCAAUUAUUUAUGUAUAUUAUAUGCAAUUUAAUAUUUUCAUUAAAAUGGUUCAUUUCUGAGAGUAGGGUUGUUGAAUUUAAAUCUACUCAAUAUUAAUUUGAUCAUCUAUUCACAAAUACGAAAAUACCAGUGCAAACAAAACUAUUUCCUACCCAAUUUCAACAAAUUGAUAUAGGCCUAAUCUGUGUUAGAAAUCUAGUGAAUCAUCCAACUCAGUUAAUAUUCAGAAAUCUAGUUAAUUAUUCAAAUCAUUUGUUAUUUUAGGAUAUUUUUGCAUUAUUCCACUGUAGUACAAUAUUCUCUUUUCCAAUGCGCUAUAUCCUUCUCAUCUACUAUCUUUAUUCUUGUUCUAUCUGUCUUGAAUGUGAAAAAAUAACCAGAACAUCAAUACCUAUCAAUAUUUAAAAAUAUAUUAUAUUUCAUAUGUUCCACUUAUCAAUCUCCUAUUUCAUUGUACAGAUUUCUAGCUCUGUUAUUAUUUAUUCUUGCACAUAAAGAGCGUCAGAAUACAUACAGAUGUAGAAAUAAGUUAUAAAAUUGAUUUAAUUGCUAUUCAUUGUAUGAAAAGCUAGCUUGCCUUACAUGUUGUUUGAAAUCUAAUUCCACCAGUCUAAAAUCUCAUUGCAAGCAGAAUACAGUGAAUCAGUAGAGAUAAAAGAUAAUGGUAUCAUUGCAAGUGAUAUGGAUAGUAUUAUAAUACUGAAUGCAUUAAUAAUACUGAUUUACAAAACCGGUACAAACCUUACAAACGCAGAAUAGCAUUAGAAUUACUUCAAUGGUCAAUCGAUGCAUGUUUUAAAACAUUGUACCAAAAGAUUUACAAGAAAAUACCUUACUAAAUUUACUAAUUCACAUUUCUUACUAAAUUCUAAUACUGGAAAUUAUUACUUUGUUGCGCCAGAUUUCUUAUUCAUUUUCAGCCAGUUUAGUAUUCUUGUACCCCGGAUUGUCAUGCAGCAUGUUUGUCAUUUUUACAAUCUGGAUCUUCUUUAAUAACAAUAUUCGGACGAAAUAGUUCAUCUCACAUUUUACGAAGAAAGCGUAAAAUUCUCAAAAGGUAAUACAUUCAAAUUCAACCAAACUACUAUGAUUCACAGAAAACUUUUCACUGAAGCAUUCAAUCGAAAAUCCAACUUUGAAAUCGCUGUGAGCCAAUCAAACACAGCAAAAAACGCUCAAGUUUCUCUUACUCAGACAUAUUAAUAAUUAUUAUGAUAAUGGCAACAAAUAUUACUUGUAUUCACAUCUUACUCGACAAGUAGAAACUUUUCAAGUUUAAUGAAUCAAGUUCUAAGAACUUUUCCUAAGUCGUUUUUAGUUACUCUAUCAUUAAUAUAAAUAAAAUUCCAGUUUUUUCAAGUAAUAUAAUUACACUAAAUGAUUUUAAAUGUAUUCUUGUCUCACUUGUACAGCCAAUAGCUUAAAUUAUAAUAUUUUUAUUUAAAUAGGGUAUUCAGAUGUGUUAAUAUGUUUAUCUUAUCGUCACAAUUACAAAUGUAUGCAUGUAUGGAUAGAAUUAUUGUAUCAGUCAGAGUAUUGUAUAUUUACACUAGGCUACACCGUUUAUUAAAAUAAUAAAUUAUUGUGAAAUUGGA